AUGACAACGAAUGAAAUGCAUUCGAGCGCCGAAACAGAGCCGCUACUGGCGCACGCGACCGAUCGACUGAAAUCAAAGAAACUAUUGAUCUUCAUAGUGUGCGGCAUAUUCAUUCUAUCAUCCGACUUCGGAUUUUACAUGUCAAAUGCGCCGCAGCUGGCAGUUUUUCAGGAUAUCAUCUGUCGAAACUACAAAGCAACUCUUCAUCGCGCUGGCGAUGUGCUGGCACCGGGUUCCCCGUCGGACUUGAACCCCUGUAAAUCUGAGGCCGUGCAGGGAGAAUUGGCUCUUGUGAUUGGAUACAAAGAGACACUUGAAGCUCUGCCUGGUCUUGUGCUCGCGCUUCCUUAUGGUGUUCUUUCGGAUCGCUACGGACGCAAGCCUAUCCUGUGCCUUGGAAUUUUGGGCAUUGUUCUUGGUGAACUCUGGGUAAGGGUCGUUUGCCUGUGGGCCAAUGUCAUUCCUCUCCGGAUGGUCUGGCUAUCAGCGCUUUUCAGGACAAUUGGGGGCGGCGAGCAGGUCAUGACUUCCGUUGCAUUAGUCAUGGUAGCCGAUGUCUUCUCUGAAGAUGAAAGGUCGACGAUUCUGUUCCGGCUCCAAUCCUGCGUCAUAAUAGCAGAGAUCCUGGCGACUCCGCUAAGUGCUUACUUGAUGACAUUUGGUCCAAUGUAUCCUUAUAUUCUAUCUAUCGGGAUCGUGAUUGUAGGAAGCCUCCUGGCCUUAUUCCUUCCCGAGACCCUCGAAGAUGCAAAGGCAAAGCAAGUAAACCAAGCAGAGCCACAAACCGAACCCGAGAACUUGCACUCUGGCAAAAGAACGAUGCUCCAAGAGCUUACCCGACAAGUUCAUGAAUUCGCCAGCUCAACACGGUUCAUCUGGUCCGAUUUGAACAUUUGCAUGGUGAUCGUGGUACUAUUUGUCACUGUAAUGAGCCGACAGUGUACAAAUAUCCUCCUACAAUACGUAUCGACGAAAUUCGACUGGAGCAUUAGUCGCUCCAGUCUCCUCAUAUCCCUGCGCGGGAUAUUCUCCCUAGUAACCUACCUAGUACUCAUGCCAUCGGUAUCCUUCAUAGCCGCCAAAUACUUCAACAUACACGGCAAACGAAGCGACCACGUAAUGAGCAAAGGCAGCGGUAUCCUUUCGGUUAUCGGAUUCAUUGCCGUCUCCAUCGCCCCAACUCCCGCCAUCUUGAUCGCCGGCCAGGUCAUUCUAUCCAUCGGCACAGCAUUCGCGGUUACUAUGCGCAGUCUGGCGACUUCGCUCGUACUCCCCGACCAUGUCGGUACUCUGUAUUCGGCAAUUGCCAUUGUCCAAGGGCUAGGAGUACUCAUCUCAGGUCCAUUAUUCGCCAAUCUCUUUCGGCUGGGUAUGCAUCUUGGCAAUGCUUGGCUAGGACUGCCUUUCCUACUGGCUGCACUCUUUUUCGUUAUUGCUGUUGCGGUCGUUUGGAAUAUAAAGCUAGAGCCUUUGCGUGGAAAUAAUGAGGAGCAGGAGGCGUUAUUAUCCUAG